GUCGUGAUCGCAGCCGACAUGAGUCGUAUAGCACUGCUCGAGGUCAUACCUCUUCUCAGCCAGCAGCAUAUUCGAGGAAAGAGUAUGAUAGAGGUUACACCUCUUCGAGGGACAAUACAUCGUACAGCAGCGGACGUGGCGGCGCCAGUUCGUAUUACGGUAAUAGCCGUGAUGCAUACAGCUCAACAACAAGUCGUAUUGGAGGUACUUCUGGAGGAUGGGGCUCAUCUUCAGGUGCCGGCUAUGGUUCAUCAACGUGGCAGGGCAGCAGUUCGGCCGUAG